AGGUGCCACAAGUACUCCUGUUCUUCUUUUUGCGGAUACAGACUAACACGGCUGCUACUCUGAAACCUCUCACAAAUUUGUGAAGUGUGGGAGACUCACUGUUAUAUUUGUAAGGAAAGUGAGGUCCCUUGAGUUUAGGAUAGUCUGAGGUAGAGAGUAUCUGGGAAAAAAAUACUAAAUAUGUAAGGGAUUGAUUGCAGAUUAAUACCUAAACUUUUGGAUGGAUAGAUAGAAAUGACAUUUAAAGAUAUUAUUUAUACAAAUAUUUCUUCAUCACAUUUUCCUAUGUACACAUAUAUACACAUGCAUAAAAAACUGCUUGCUGUAGAGAAAUAUUUAAUAUUUUUGGUUGGGUGAGUAAAAUAUUCCUUGUUUUUUAAUUUCCAUUAUCCUGUUAUAGGAAGGGUUAGUACAUUGUUGUUUAGUGGUAAAUUUUCAUGACCGUUUUGCAGUGCUCAAUUGCAUACAGUUAGAAUAUGUAUAUUUAUUAAUUUCUCUACAUUCAUAUACUCUUGUAGCCACAGUGUGUUUGGUAGUAGUGUUUUUGUUUGUCAUUUAUCUUAAAAACAAAAACAACUUUUUAUACAGUCUUCUGACACUGUUCUUUGGAGACUGAGAAGAAAGAAAUGUAUUCAUUGGAUGGCUUAAUAAGAAAUAUUUUACUAAUGAUAUUAAAAAAGACUGUCUAAACAAAGUUUUGUUUUUCUGUCAUUUCAUAAUGCAUGGAAGACAGCUGGCAGGUUUCAGGGAGGUUUAUCCUUUUUAAGAGGGACUAAUUUGCCUUGAUAUAAAUAGCUUUCAUUUCAUCUGAAUCCCUAUUUAUCUAGGAUUUAUGAGAAUAUUUUAUUUACAAAUAAAAUAAAUAUGUAAAAUAGAUAACUUAGAUCUAGAAGAAGGAUUUUAUCCACUCUCAGUUCUGCUGUCUCUAUUAUUGAUAUUGGCUGUUCAUAUUCUUUGUCCUUAAUUCUGGGAGUAAAACAAUGAUUGAAUGGAAAUUGGGUUCAGUAUUUAAUAUAUGGGCAAUGGGAGAGUUUUGGAGAGAUACAUAUAGCAUUAUGUAAUCCUACCUACUUGAUAUUUUCGCACUCCCCCUUUUUCCCCAUAAGAGAUUAGGGAUAAAUGAAAUUGCUGUGAUUAAUUUAAUAAAUGCUAUCAGAGAGCUUUAUUACAGUAGGUCAUUUGUCCAUCUUCCUGCCAAUAUAGGGCCGUUCUUGAUAAUAUAAUAUUCAGCCUAGUUUUAAAUGACUGAAGGGAUGGGUCUUUGUCCUCUUCACUUUGGAAAUCUGCAUAGUCAAAUAGAAAUGGGUUUUAAAUUCCAUAUUUUAAUCAUGCGAUUAAUCACACUGUUAAUAAUAGAAUACCAUUUAUUUAAAUAUUUUUGGAUGUUUUCUACAUUUUCAAAUAUAUUGAUUUCAGUUACAACACAGAAUACAAAGUCUGCAGUGCUCUCUUUAUAUUUAUUUUUUAUUACAAGUAUUUGCACAGUUAAAAAACAAAAGAAAUAAUAUUUUUAAAUUCACCUAAUACAAGUAAUGUAGUGCAAUCUCUUUAUCAUGAAAGUUGAAUUUACAAAUGUAGAAUUAUGUACAAAAGAACCUGCAUUCAAAAAUAAAACAAUGUAAAAUUUUAGAGCCUGCAAGUCCACUCAGUCCUACUUCUUGUUCAGCCAAUCACUCAUUUUCAUUAUCUAAGUCAGAUGUCACUAGCAGAAGGUUGAUUUUCUUUUUUGGUGGUUUGGGUUCUGUACUUUGUGCAUCGGAGCAUUGCUCUUUUGAGACUUCUGAAAGCAUGCUCCACACCUCAUCCCUCUGAGAUUUUGGAAGGCUCUUCAGAUUCUUAAAUCUUGGGUUGAGUGCUGUAGCUAUCUUUAGAAAUUUCACAUUGGUAUCUUCUUUGCAUUUUAUCAAAUUUGUAGCAAAAGCGUUCUUAAAAUGAACAUGUGCUGGGUCAUCAUCCGAGACUGCUAUAACAUGAAAUGUAUGGCAGAACACAGGUAAAACAGAGCAGGAGACAUAGAAUUCUCCCCCAAGGAGUUCAGUCACAAAUGUAAUUAACACUUUUUUUUUUUUUUUUUUUAACGAGUGUCAUCAGCAUGGAAGCAUGUCCUUUGGAACGAUGGCCGAAGCAUGAGAGGCAUAUGAAUCUUUAGCGCAUCUGGCAUGUAAAUAUCCAGUGCCAUGCGAACGCCUGUUCUCACUUUCAGGCUUUCACUAAAUCUGUUGGCAAUGUCUAUGAUCUUAUCUGCCUCAGUGGUCCGUGUUAGAGAUGGGCUCCCGCUAUCUGCCUCUACAGAUUAUGAGCAAAGCAUGGGAGUGCAGCAAUGUAGAAAAUAUUUUAAAACACUCUCGAAGAAGCUUGCUCAGCUUCCUGAUAGAUGUAUGCUGAAAGCUGGCCAGUAUAAUAUAAAUUUUAUUAGCUCUCUGGGAGUGAGCUACAUGAUGCUGUGCACUGAAAAUUACCCCAGUGUUCUGGCUUUCUGCUUCCUGGAUGAGCUUCAGAAAGAGUUCAUCACCACGUACAAUAUGAUGAGGACAAAUACUGCCAUCCGGCCAUACUGUUUCAUAGAGUUUGAUAAUUUUAUUCAAAGGACCAAGCAGAGAUAUAAUAACCCACGGUCUCUGUCGACCAAGAUAAAUCUUGCUGACAUGCAGACAGAAAUCAAGCUGAGACCACCUUAUCAAAUUUCCAUGUCUGAACUUGGUUCAACUAAUGGAUUUGCACACUUAUCUGCUGCAGAAUUUAAGGGUACUGGUAAGAUAUCUACUGCUCCUCAUCAACGACUGGAAGCUGUUACUCUGCCAGGGAUUGUUUCAUUUAUACUGAGCCUGUUAUGUGGGGCUUUGAAUUUAAUUAGAGGAUUUCAUGCCAUAGAAAGUCUUCUGCAGAACGAGGGUGAAGAUUUCAGUUAUGUCAUUGCGUUUUUCCUUGGAACAGCAGCCUGCUUGUAUCAGUGUUAUUUAUUUUUAUACUGCACAGGCUGGCGGAAUGUCAAAUCCUUCCUGACUUUUGGUUUAAUCUGCCUAUGUAACAUGUAUCUGUACGAACUGCGCAAUCUCUGGCAGCUCUUCUUCCACGUGACAGUGGGAGCGUUUGCAGCAUUACAGAUACGGCUAAGACAACCACAAGGGAAGUCCCCUGAUUACAAUGUCUGACCCAAGGCAGUCUCAGUCCACCCAUGGUUCCCUCUCAGGAAUGAAAAGCUUUUCUCCAAAAGAAGAAGUUGUGUUUUUUAUUUAUUUUUUUUUUUUUAAAGAUCAACACAAGAUGCCUGUGGACGUUUGUGACUUGAGAACUUAGAUUUAUCCUCAUUGAAGCCUGAAGACGCACACAAUACAGGAUUAGUGGAGGAAAAUGGGUCCUAUCCAUGCAGAGCAUUGUCCCUUGAGGACAAAUACAAAUUUGGAGGACUUGACUGAUAGCAGGAAAAAGCCUUCUUCAAAAGUAUGAUAAUGGAAAAAGAUAUAUAUACAGGGCCUGUUCUGCAUAUCAAGUGAGCACUCCAAUUCCAAAAUCAGUUUUGCCUUUGUGAGGCAGUAGUAUAGGCUGAAUACAAAGAUGCUAUUGCAUAUUAGCAGACGAUUGGAAUGAGUGCGUUACUAAAUGUGAAACUAUUGGAUUGCACAUUAAAUUUAAUGGGAUGCGUGUAUGUGUUUUCUUAAUUAAAGCCUAACCUGGAAACCAUCUGUUUAUGGGGAUUAGCUCCUUGGUCCCAGUGGCCUUCCAUGUAGUGCUGAGUUAACUAUAAAUCUUGGUAAAUAUUUUUUUCUGUAUAAUUUGUUUUUAAUGAUCUUUUGAAAGUGACCUUUAUGGACAAGUUUUAUUUAAGUAAAUAACCUAAAAUUCUG